AUGCUCGUCAUUGGGCUUACUGGUGGCAUCGCAACAGGAAAAUCGACAGUUUCCAAAAACUUAUUGAUCCAAGGAAUCCCUGUUGUCGAUGCGGACACCAUCGCCAGAGAAGUAGUUGAGCCAGGCAGAAGAGCUCACAAGCAAGUAGUGGAAGCCUUCGACCUGCAAGUUCCGGACUUGUUAGACGAAGGCGGGAGACUCAACAGGGCUGCUUUGGGACAAGCAGUUUUUGGCAAUAGCGAACGAUUGAAAACUCUCAACAAAAUUGUCCAUGGGGCAGUCAAGCGAGAGAUUGCUAGACAAUUGUUUUGGACGUAUGUAUCUGGGGCUAGCAUGGCCGUGCUCGAUGUUCCCUUAUUAUUUGAGGCCGGUCUCGAUCACAUUUGUGGAGUGACGAUAUCGGUAUCCACAGAUGAUACCACGCAGCUCAAACGACUUUUAGAAAGAAACCCCGAAUUAUCUGAAGAAGAUGCGAAGAAAAGAAUUCUGAGCCAGCUUCCUAUGGAGGUGAGAGACUCAAAAGCCGAUAAAGUGAUUGACAACAACGGAUCUUUAGAAGAGCUUCAUGAGAAAACUAUAGCUAUUAUGGAAGACCUUCGCCCCUGUAGAUUGUGGACGAUCUUAGAGUGGUUUCCUCCCUUCGGCAUCUUCGUUGCCGUCACCACAGUCACCAUUCGAGCUUUGAAAAGCUCAAUUCGGGCCCGAGAGCAGCGGAAGGAAAAAACAAAUUAA